UUUGAGUUUGCUGCUUUGCCAUGGGAAACUUAUUCCUUGCUUUGCUCUUCUCCAUUAUUUUCAUUGUCAAAAUUCUAAACCAUCGCAACAAAAAUCUACCACCAAGUCCAUUUUCUCUACCAAUAAUCGGCCAUCUCCACCUCCUUAAUAAACAGCCACUCCACCAAGCACUACAUACCCUAUCAUCGCAGUAUGGUCCAAUCCUUUCUCUUAAACUUGGUUUUAGGUCUAUGCUCGUUGUAUCUUCUCCUUCUGCUGUUGAAGAAUGUUUCAUCAAGAAUGACAUAACAUUUGCAAAUCGUCCCCGCACCAUGGCUGGGCAGCAUUUAACAUACAACUCAACAGUUCCAGUUUGGGCUCCCUGUGGUCAUUUGUGGAGAAACCUCAGGCGUGUUGCUACCAUUGAAAUCUUCUCUCAUAUCAGCCUCCAAAAGUCUUCUAUCAUUAGAGAAGAAGAAGUGUACUAUCUUCUCCGCCAAAUGUUUAGAGUGUCAAAUAUAGAACCCCAAAAGGUGGACUUCAAGUACUUGUCCACACUUUUGGUGUCCAAUAUAAUGAUGAGAAUGGUUGCUGGAAAGCCAUGUGUUGGAGAGGAGUUUGCAUGCAUGGAUGUGGGAAAGCAACUUCUCAAAGAAUUCAAAGAUAGCUACUUUGCAAGCUCGACAGUGAAUAUAUGUGAUUUCUUUCCAAUUUUAAAGUGGGUCGGUUACAAAGGGUUGGAGAAGAAUAUGAUUAGAAUGCAGAAAAUGAGGGAUGGAGCAUUGGGGCGUUUGAUGGAAGAGAUGAAACAAAAGAAACCCCAUGUGGAAAAGAAGAGGACACUGAUUGAAACUCUUUUUUCUCUGAGAGAAUCUGAACCUGAAUUCUAUUCAGAUAAUGUCAUCAAAAGCAUCAUAUUGAUGAUGUUUAUUGGGGGAACAGAUACAACAGCAACAACCUUGGAAUGGGCAAUGUCACUUCUUCUUAAUCAUCCAGAGAUACUAAAGAAGGUUAAAGCAGAGAUUGACAGCCAAGUUGGGCAUGGACGCUUGAUAAAUGACUUGGAUAUUGCCAAGCUUCCCUAUCUUCGUUGUGUCCUGAAUGAGACCCUUAGAUUGUAUCCUACAUCACCACUUUUAUUACCUCAUUUUUCCUCAACAGAUUGCACCGUGGGGGGAUAUCAUAUACCACAAGGGACGAUUUUGUUGGUGAAUGUAUUUUUCAUGAAUAGGGAUCCCAAGGUGUGGAAGGAGCCCACAAUGUUCAAGCCAGAGAGAUUUGAAGUAAUCAAAGGAGAAAAAGAAGGAUUCAAAUUCAUUCCAUUUGGCAUAGGGAGGAGGGCAUGCCCUGGUGGUGGCUUGGCAUUGCGUGUGAUUUCAUUAGCAUUGGGUGCACUCAUUCAGUGCUUUGAUUGGGAAAGGGUUGGGAAGGAAAUGGUGGACAUGACCACAGGUUCCGGAUUAUUUCUUAUGUCAAAGACUAAGCCUUUGGAGGCUGUUUGUACUCCAUGCCCUUCAAUGGCUAACAUCCUUUCUCAACUUUGAUUUGAUUUAUGCGUAUUUCAUAGCAAUAAAACUUCAUUUCCGCUGCCUAGCUAGCCGUACCUUUUUCUCCAAAGGGUAAUGAUGUGUAUUUCAUAGCAAUAAGCCUUUUGAGGCUGUUUAUUUUUUUCU